CAUUUGCAAAUUUUGCAUUCCUUUUCCUGUAAUUGCAAGGAAUCAACUAAAAUUAAAAUAAUGGCAGCGGCAAUUGACGGCGUUUUCCCCGCAACAUUGCAAGAAUUGAUUAGAAAGUCGAAAGUGUUGGUUGUAGGCGCCGGCGGCAUCGGAUGCGAGGUGCUCAAAAAUCUUGUGCUCAGCGGCUUUACGGAAAUCGAAAUUAUUGAUUUGGAUACCAUUGACCUGAGCAAUCUAAAUCGCCAAUUUCUAUUCCAUCGCGAGCAUGUGGGCAAGUCAAAAGCUCGCGUUGCACGAGAAAGUGCUUUGAGCUUUAAUCCUGAUGCGAAUAUCACUGCACAUCAUGACAGUAUUACAUCCACUGACUACGGUGUGAGUUUCUUCAAGAAAUUCGAUGUUGUGUUGAGCGCGUUGGAUAAUCGAGCUGCUCGCAACCAUGUGAAUCGCUUGUGUCUGAAUGCAGAUGUGCCUCUGAUUGAAAGUGGCACCUCCGGCUAUAACGGUCAGGUGGAGUUGAUCAAGCGCGGCUUAACCCAAUGCUACGAAUGUACACCGAAAGAAAAGCAGCGCAGCUUUCCCGGCUGCACCAUAAGAAACACUCCCUCGGAGCCUAUUCAUUGUAUUGUGUGGGCCAAGCAUUUAUUUAAUCAACUAUUCGGUGAAUCUGUUGAGGAUGAGGAUAUAUCCCCCGAUGUCGCUGAUCCCGAGGCAGCUGAAGUCAACAAAGACGGUGCCGGUGACGCUGUUGCCGUGGAUAAGGAUAACGAUAACGAUAGGAAGGAUAAAGAAAGUGAAUCCGAGUCCAACUCGGAAUCCAAUGGGAAUGUGGUGCGCAUCAAUACGCGCCAAUGGGCCAAAGAUUGCGCCUACGAUGCUGGCAAAUUGUUUAACAAGUUCUUCAACGAGGACAUUAAUUACUUGCUACGCAUGUCGAAUCUCUGGAAAUCCCGCACGGCACCCGUGCCCGUGCAAUGGAACACCCUGUUGCCACAGGGCGUCAAGGAGGCUGAAGGAUUCGAGUUGGCGCGUCAACAUCACAAAGUCUGGACGGUGGAGGAAUGUGCCCAGGUGUUUGCCAAUGCGCUCAAGGAUUUAAGCGCUGCUUUUCUGAAGCUAGAGGGCGAUGAUACCUUGGUCUGGGACAAGGAUGAGCAGGCGGCCAUGGAUUUUGUGGCUGCCUGUGCCAAUGUGCGCUCCAACAUCUUUGACAUUGAGCGCAAGUCGCGCUUUGAGAUCAAAUCCAUGGCGGGCAAUAUAAUUCCAGCGAUUGCGACCACAAAUGCCAUUACGGCCGGAAUAUCCGUAAUGCGCGCCUUCAGUGUGCUCCAAUCCAAGUGGGAACAGUGCAAGGCCGUCUAUGCCCGACUCCGUCUCAAUGGACGUAAUCAGUUUUUGGUUGCAGACGCCUUCUUCCCGGAGCCCAACCCCAAUUGCUAUGUGUGUGCCAGUGAUCCGGCCAUCACACUACGCAUCGAUACCAAGCGUGUCCAGGUCAAGGCAUUCCGCGAUGAAGUACUCAUCAAAGCUCUAAAUAUGGUCAAUCCAGAUGUAACCGUGGAAUCUACAGGAUCCAUUAUCAUCUCAUCGGAGGAGGGUGAAACCGAAUGCAAUGAACAGAAGAUGCUUUGUGAUAUGAAUAUCGUGGAUGGCAUCAUUCUCAAGUGCGAUGACUUCUUCCAGAACUACGAGCUGAGCAUCAUCAUAUCACACUUUGAGGCGGAGCGAGAGGAUUCCUUAUUUGAGGUGAUUGCGGAUAAAAGUCAGUUGCAGCCAAAGCAGCAGAAGAAAUCUCAGGGCAAGGAGGAGACAGAGACGGAGUCCAGGUCCCAGAAGCGUACGGCGAAUGGCAAAGAUUCUACGGAUGAUGGUCCCUCAACCUCCAAACGUAAUCGACCCACUAAAGUCGAUGAUGAUGAUGAUGAUUGCCUUGUAGUUGAGGAGGAGGAGGAGGAGAAGGAGAAUGACGUUGAACAGAUUGUAAGCUCCACAACUGAUAAACUUGUCGAGGCAAGUUUUCCGAAAACAGCAGCAAAACGCAAACCCAGUAAAGAAACUAAAAAUGAAGAUAUAACCGAAAUUCUGGACUCAUCCGAAGAAGAAGAAGUGGGUCCUACUAAGAGUAAACGCACUAAAUUAGAUGAGCCACAAUCUGUGGAAGUAAUCAGCAUUGAUUAAUAAUAGUGCAUACUUUAAAGAUCCGUACUUAUAUAAUUCUCAAAUUGAAAUAAACACUUGAAUUUUAAAAAUGUCAUCUAAUAUA